AGUUCAUCUUAACGACUUCGGCAAAUUGCGUCUGGUAUGGCUUGCUGAUCUACUUGGAAAACACCAACCGAUAAUAUCUGAAUAGCAAAGUGAAUUUUGGUGCAUUGUUCUGCUGCCUCCAUGUGACUGCCUUAUCUUAUCAGUGAGAUCCAAUCCAGCCCUGCCUGGAAUUUAUUCAAUCACGCCAUGUGUCCUCACGGAGAAUUCCAUUUUCCCACUUCCGAACCUCGCACCACCACCAUCUGAAGCCAAAACUCUCAUCAUCACCUAUCAAGAUGAGCACUUCGUACGGCGGACCUGGGCGUAAGCCCAGACUCAAGGAUUCAUGCAGCAACAAGCUGAUCGAGGCCUGGAACAAUGAGCAGUGGAGUGCCGUCGUGAACCUCACCAAGCAGCUGCUCAGGAAUGUUCAAGGUGCUGACAAGGACUAUUACGAGGCUGUCGCGUUGGCUGCCAGAUCUGAGCUGGAACACCCUGGUGACAAGUAUGCCGCCCGGGAAGAGGUGCAGAGAAUGGCCAAGGCCAAGGUCCAUCCUUUUGAUCCCUGGGCUGUGGACCUACUGGACUGGGCUUGCCGUGGCAUGCCCAAUUGGUCCGAAACCAUUGGCGUCCUCCGCUCUGCUGUGGUGAAGAUGUGCAAGCGUGACAAAGAGGUGUACAAGGUUUCUCUUACCGCUUGCAUUGCUAACGAAGACUGGGAGCAUGCCCAGGAGAUUGUCAAGAGCAAAGGAACAAACAUACCCGGUGAUAGACUUGAUCACUUCAACAACAUCGUGCUGUUGUACAUUCGCGCAAAUGAUCCCAAGAAAACUCAGGACCCCAAGAUGCGCGCUCUCUUAUGGCAAAUAGCAAAGAAAACAAUUGACCGCGCUUAUGCCUUACGUUCCGAGACCCCUGAUGGCAAGACACUUCCACCCCAUGCCAUUAUCACUGAGGAAGAGAUGCUUCUGUGGGUCCACAUCGAAUUGAAGCUGGAAUCCGCGGAUGCCAACCGACUGAAGCAAGAGGGUGUCGAUGCCUGGAAGGCCAUCACCGAAAGCCAUUAUCCAGUCUUCAAAGCGAUUGUGAACCACUUGGAGGUCCUCCAGGAGUGGGGCGAGAUCUUCGAUGUUUGCCAUGCCGUCUUCAUGCGCGGUAUUGAGCUCCUUCAGAAGCAAGCCGAGACGGGCACUCAAGCUUCCGAGGGUAAAGAUGCCAAUGCCGAAAAAGCUGCGGCUGAGACGAACGCUUUCUCUAGGGCCCUGUUUGACUGGUCCCUGUGGACUCAGUUCAUCACGGCUGCGGAGAAAGGGGAUCGCCGGAGAUCCUUUGAGCAACUUGACAACAUUCUCGCCAAGCUAGCACCUUGCACAAACUACCGCAUCCAACAGAAGAUGCUGGACUUAGCGGGCCUUCACGUUGCAUUCUCCAGGCUGCAGUGGUCCGAGGCUCACCCGGAAGACGACGACUUCUCCCUGCAUGAGCCAACAAUGUUGACCGGUCUCCUAGACUUUGUCAAUGCACACUAUAAGCAGGUGUCCUGUUUUGACGACCUCAAGCCCUUCCUCGAGAAGCUUCCGGUCAAUUUGCUCAAAACGUUCCUGUUGAACUUGGGCAUAGAGGGCCAGCGCAAGGAGAACAACGCGCUGAAGAACAUCAUGCUGGUCACCCUCCGUUUCAGAUUCCGGUAUACGGUCACUACGUCGGGCAGAGCCAUCUUCGAGUCGAAAUGUGGACUUUGCGAAGCCAUCGUUCCCGGCGACAAGUGUGAAGCCUGCUUUUACAGCAUUGCCCAGGCUUGCAUGCAUACUUACACCAUAAGCUUCAAACGUGAACAGGUGCCGCUGCGACAGGCGCUCGAGGAGGAAGAGCUAGAUCCUCUGACCGACUUAAGCAUCAUAGGCGCACUAUGCCUUCUCAAGCUUGCGGGUGUAGACCCCGUCACCUCACUUGCCAAGGUUUCGCGAAUCCAGACGGCCGACUUACCGCGGUUGCUCCAGGCCAUCAUCUGGCUGGAUUUGCGCUUUCAGGAGGCCCCCCACAGUACUACCCUUCGUCUCAUUUUAGUCAAAUUGUUCACCCUGAUUGGCUGCGUCUCUCAUGCCAAGUUGCUUUGGGACAAACUGGAUGUCAAAAAUGUGACACUAGACUCGCUCGGCCCUCUCUUCUCCGAUCGUCUCUCCAGUAUAGCCCCAGGGCUUUGGGCCGUGUCAGCGCACGCGUGGUCGCCUAUAACACCAUACAUUAAGCAUUAUGACAAGGCGUUCAGCAACGAUAUUCCUGCCAACCUUCGCGCAGCAUUCGAGCAGGGUAGCUAUGACAGCAUACUGGGCCUUCUUGGCCUCAAAGACCGUCUGGAACGAAGCUGCACCGUCGUCAUGGCUAUCGUCGAAGAGAGCCGAGGCAUCCGAGCUGUUGGUGGCAAAGCUGGCUUGGAGAUUCUCGAAGAUCCCCUCAUACGGCGCAUUCAAGACAAAACCGAGCUCCUCGAUGCCACUGCCUAUGGCUGUUUACCCAACCAUGAAGACUCAUCUCAGAAGCCCAUCCACGAUCUCAUCAGCAUUGGCCCUGGUCUUUCGCACACUCGCAUGCGCUUAUCUCUACUUGCGGAGAUGUUCAUGAACCUCAUUGGCUGGAGUGCCCUUAAGGAAGUCAGGUCAGCUAAAGCCGCUGAUGUGGAUAGAUUACACAUCGCGAAAGAGUGCAUGGAUGGUUUCUACGAGAUGGAUGAACUGCUCACAAAGGGCCCUCGCGUGGAAGAGAGCCUGACAGGACCGGAGUAUUCGUACUUCAAGCUGGUCUGCUCCCUUCAAGAACUCGUCUGGACAAACCUCACUAUAUCUCUGCCCCAGAAUGCCAACGCACGGCCCCUGGCCACAUCCGAGACCAUUGACGACAUCAUAGCCAUCCUUAAGGACCAGACCACGGCCCUCAAUGCUCUACCCGGAGGGGUCAUCGGCAUGCGGCCGGUCUUCUACGCCUUCUCCUCCCUGCACGCUAACGGCAUGCUACGCGAGUCCGCCACGGCUGUCCGCAUGGCCAUCCUGACCAUCGACGCCGUGACCGAGAAGACUAUUUUCAAAGCCAAUAGCAAGGCGCCCAAGUGGUUCAUCGAGGACCUAGAAAAGCUCAAGGACGCCAGCAACGAGGUCUUUGCCGUGCUCAAGCAGCGCAUCAAGUUGUUGAGUGAUGGUAUCAACGAGGGCGGUUGGAUGGACCGCAUCCCUGAGUGGGCUUUCGGCGGGCUGCUCAUGGGUGACGGGGAUGACCGUACCAAAGAUGUGGAUUCGCUCUUGCUCACGCUCAUCGAGACGACGCCGUUGGGCGGAUUGGAGCGUUUUCCCAGCUUGGUGUUGGAUUCGUGGGAGGAUGCUGUCAAGGGCUUGGCUAAGACUAAGCUUGGUUGAAUGGGCCUGGCCCCACCUGAACUCUCCUCGAUUCUGAUGAUAUUACUGACCUAUAAGAGGUAGCCAUGGCUGAAAACUGACCUCGAUUUCUGUGUAUAAAGCUGCCAGUUAGAUAGGCACUUCUUUCUGGCCCUGGGAAUUGGUUAUGCCACUCCGGCAAACUGCUUGCUCGUAAAGACCCAGGGCAGAUUUAGGUCAGAAUCAAUGACGUUGAC